AUGAUUCGUUGUCUGUCUGUACGUAGAUGCGUUAAAAUGAGGCUGUCGUCACUUCGAGAAAAAGCGUUCCGUCGUAAGCACAUACCACACGGUAGUUUAGAGACGCAAUUAAGACGAUGUCUUACCACCACCGACAUCACAUUGCUUGGUGUAGGACAUAUGAUCGGAGCCGGGAUUUAUGUACUCACAGGUUCUGUGGUUCGAAACACUGCUGGUCCGUCGAUAGUGCUGUCGUUUCUGCUUGCCGGUGUCGCCUCAUUACUGUCCGCUUUGUGUUAUGCUGAAUUUGGGGCCAGAUUCCCGAAAGCUGGCAGCGCUUACACCUACGCAUACGUGAGCGUUGGUGAACUGUGGGCAUUUAUCAUCGGGUGGAACAUUGUCCUCGAACAUAUGUUAGGAGCAGCAGCCGUGGCCCGAUCAUGGUCCGGCUAUCUGGAUUCGUUGUUGGGUAAUGUCAUAUCAAACACUACUAUUGAGCGAGUUGGUCGACUACAGAGUUCUUCGUUCUUCGGUGACUAUCCUGAUUUGGUAGCAUUCAUUCUAAUUGUAAUCGUUGGUAUUUUUGUUGCUAUGGGAUCGAAAGCAUCCACGAAUUUCAAUUCGAUGUUCACUGUUGUGAAUAUGGCUGUUAUUGUGAUAGUGGUUGGUUAUGGCAUUACAUUUGCGGAUUUCUCACUAUGGACGGGAACUGAUGAAGAGGGAAAGUCAAAAUUCUUCCCAUACGGAGUAAAUGGAAUGCUUGCUGGAGCAGCGUCAUGCUUUUUUGCGUACAUUGGAUUCGAUGGUUUGGCAACUGCUGGCGAGGAGGCAAAAAAUCCAUCUCGAGCAAUUCCUAUCGCAACUUUCGCUUCAAUGACAAUAGUAACGUUAGCGUAUAUCAUGAUGUCCGCUUCGCUCACCCUUAUGGUUCCAUACUAUCAGGUGCAUCCUACGGCCGCAUUUUCGGAUGCUUUUGCUCUGAAAGGAGCUACAGCGGCAAAAUUAGCUGUUUCGGUGGGAGCGUUGUGCGGAAUGAUGACGAGUCUGGUUGGCGGUAUGUUCGCUUUGCCUCGUUGUGUAUUCGCAAUGGCUGAGGAUGGUCUACUCUUCAACUCGCUUUCUGUUGUAAACGGCAAAACACAGGUCCCGAUAAACGCUGUUCUCGUAUUCGGUUCGAUGACAGCAAUUAUCGCCUUGUUGUUCGACAUUGAAACCCUUGUCGAAUUUCUUUCAAUCGGCACCCUACUUGCAUAUUCAAUCGUCUCCGCUUGUGUAAUUAUACUUCGCUACCAACCGGCUCGUUACCAAGAGGAUGGUUCUUUUGAUAAUGGCGGAAAACUCAAGUUCACUAUACCGGGCGGUGGAUUUCUGGAUAAACUGGAUCCUGGACACGCGGUGCAUUACGGCGUAGCAAUGAUGAUGGUCGGAUUUGUGGGUGCUGGGCUUUGCUUUAGUUCAGGACAUAUCGAUUCGACGAUAGGAAUCGCAACAGCUUGUUUCUUUGGUGCACUGGCGGUUAUAUCACUGGUGUUUAUAAUGAGCCAUCAUCAAAAUUCGACUCAGUUAGCGUUCAAGGUCCCACUCGUCCCUAUUGUACCAGCUGUUAGUCUUCUAAUCAAUACUCUUAUGAUGCUUCACUUAGCCCCGAUCACAUGGCUACGAAUCGCAUUCUGGAUGAUAAUAGGUAUGAGUAUCUAUUUCGGAUAUGGCAUCCGUCAUUCACGUGAAGAGGUAUUGCCGUCGUCACCGGAAGCUCGAUUUUCGAAGAGCAGCACAUAUGAUUCGGUUGUGUCUACCACCACUGUUGGAUCGUAA